GGUGUGUCCAAACCUUUGACUGGUACUGUAUCUUGAUUUGCUCCUGUGCAUUAAACAUCCCUGCAAAUUUUCCUUUAAAACAAAUCGAGAAGGUGACAUUUAUCUUCCCAGUGGUCACGAGCAGCAAUGAAUCAGCGUCUGAAUCAGCAGAUGUGAACACACUGUGUCUGCAUAGUGGAGUUUUAAACCAGAUAUGGGAGUGAGUUGCAAGGUGUGAUACCAUUUGUCACUCUGGAAAAAAAACAUCUGCUACAAAGACAUGGACCAUUCAUUCUUAUGAAUUUGGCAUUUUUAGUUUUUUGAUUGUAUUCAUAGAUCUUUGUGGGAACCUGAAAAAUGCCCCCCACAACAUCAAAAUAAAGUUUUUUUUUUAUCACAUUGUGGGGGACAUUUGGUCCCCACAAUGUAAUAAUAAACAUAAUACACACGCACACACAUACAGAGGACUGGACCUCCCUAUUUUGAUUCAUCUCUGCUAGUCAUUGAGAUUUGUCCCAAAAACAUUGAUCACACCUUGAUUUUAUAGAUUCCACAUUCACUAUUUUGCCCUUAUUUAUGUAAGAAAAGAUCUUCAGACUCAUUCAGCAGAACAUCCUAGCUAUUUGAAAGGGGAAAAAAACAAUACAAGUAGCAGGUGAUAUCUGUGUUUGCAUCUGAUUGGGCAAGAAGAUACACACCCCUUGAUGUAAUGAGAUGAUCUGGAGUAUCCGGCUCAACAUUCCUGCCAUACAGAUUGCGUCAGCCCGUGCAUUGCGUCUUUUUCUAUUAAGGGAUCCGUUUGACCCCGUUAAAAAUGCCGCCUGCUGUUGGAGGUCCUCCUGCCGUCACCCCACCCGAUGGAGGUUGGGGCUGGGCCGUGGUCUUCGGAGCCUUCAUCUCCAUCGGCUUUUCCUACGCCUUCCCCAAGGCCACCACUGUGUUCUUCAAAGAUAUCCAGAAAAUCUUUAAUGCCUCUUACAGUCAGGUAGCCUGGAUAUCUUCCAUAAUGCUUGCAGUGAUGUAUGCAGGAGGUCCCAUAAGCAGUAUAUUGGUAAACACAUAUGGCUGCCGACCAAUUAUGAUGAUGGGUGGAAUCCUUUGUGCAAUUGGAAUGAUUUCAGCAUCUUUCUGCAACGAAGUAGUAGAACUUUACAUUUGCAUUGGAGUUAUUGGAGGUUUGGGCCUAGCCUUCAACCUCCAGCCCGCUCUAACAAUGAUUGGCAAAUAUUUCUUCAAGAAGCGUCCGAUAGCCAAUGGGCUAGCUAUGGCAGGCAGUCCCGUGUUCCUAAGCACGUUGGCUCCUCUCAACCAGUAUCUUUUCAAUUCCUUUGGCUGGAGGGGGAGCUUCCUCAUUCUAGGUGGCCUUCUACUAAAUUGCUGUGUGGCUGGGUCCCUGAUGAGGCCGCUGGAGCCACCCCCUGGCAAAAUGGAGAAGGAUAGCUCAGCCACGGAUGCUUCUGUGCAGAAGAAAGAGAAACAGACCGCCUGGAAGACAGUCAACAAGUAUCUUGACCUCUCGCUUUUCAAACACAGGGGCUUCCUUAUCUACUUAUCAGGGAAUGUUAUUAUGUUCCUUGGUUUCUUUGCCCCGAUUGUGUUCCUUGCUGCCUAUGCUAAAGACAUGGGUGUUGAUGAGUACUCCGCAGCUUUCCUGCUGUCCAUUCUAGCCUUUGUGGACAUGUUUGCUCGGCCAUCCAUGGGACUGCUGGCAAACACCAAAUGGAUUCGACCAAAGAUUCAGUAUUUUUUCAGCUUUGCCGUUCUGUAUAAUGGAGUUUGCCAUAUACUUUGCCCAUUUGCGAAUGGCUACAGUGGUCUAGUUGUAUACGCAGUGUUCUUUGGUUUUGCUUUCGGGAUGGUCAGUUCAGUCCUCUUUGAAACACUGAUGGACCUCGUUGGGGCUCAGCGCUUCUCUAGCGCCGUUGGCCUGGUCACCAUUGUUGAGUGCUGCCCUGUCCUCAUAGGCCCACCACUGGCAGGCAAGCUGGUCGACAUCACCAAGAACUACAAAUACAUGUACUUCUGCUGUGGAGCCGUGGUGAUCCUUUCCAGUAUCUGGCUGUUCAUAGGGAAUGCCAUUAACUACAGGCUGCUGGACCGAGAGCGCAAACGGAAUGAGCAGACCCAGCAUGCCGAUGGAGGUAACCAGAGGGACGCGGAAGGUGACCCUGAGGUCAUGGAUAACCUCUGUGACGACGCUCAGAAGGAGGAGCAACCCAUGCAGCGGGAAACGAAUAUUUAAACACUUUCCAGUGUUUCGAGUGUCCUGAGGUGUUACUUCCCAAUGGCGGGUGCUGUUCCCAUAGUGCCCGCACGUAGGCUAAUAUAUAGAAAAAACACUGCCAAAGAAAUGGCAGGGUCUGUAAGAUUGAGAGACAUUUUAUUCAGUGAUGCUUUUAACUGCAUUUUAAAUGAAGCGAACGUACAUACCUUGUGGUCAAGAUAUUAGCGGCUUGAGUUCAGUGAUCCAGGUGGAAAGCCCUCUGCCCCUUUGCUUCCAGCGGCAAAUUUUAUUCUACGUAAAGUUCAUGUUGCUAAUUUCCUAAACCGUGUCUUCAUAUUAAUCGGACUGAAUGGUGAUUGGCUAAAGAAAAGCACGGAUUGCACCGGGCAGACAGCUGUGGUAGUGUUGUUGUAGCUUGUUUUUGUGGAUAUACGCAAACUAUUGAAGUAACACAUUUGGAAUUCAUAAGCAAUAUUAUAUCUUGAAUUGUUAGCGAUGUUUGUUUACUCAUUUAUUAGAUCCUUGACAAAGGCAGCAUGUUUAGAUGUCUAACACCCUUAAUCCCUUAUAUAUGCCUUAAGUUAGAAGAUAUGACCAUUUUUAAUAUGACUUAAAUGACAUAAAUUUGUAUGCAAUUAUUAUACCCUGAAAAUAAUAGUGAAUCGUAUAAUGUGAACAUUUAAUUAGCUGGAGGCCCAAUUUAGACAAACCUUUUUUCUUUUCUUUUGCUACUUUUGAAAACUUCUCAGGUUCCUGCCUGUUGUUCGUAAUGCCACAACGUAAUGUGAAUACAUUUUUAUUCACAUUAACAUUUUUAAACAUUUUUCAUUAUUAGUUGACACUAACAGCAUUUUAAGGUUAUUUAAAGUCUUUAUUAAACAAAUCUUAUUUAUAAUUUCCCCUAGCUUCUAGCAAUAAUAUAUUUUAUGAGUGCAAAUGCUUCAGGUCUGUGUCAUCUCAAGGAUGACAGUGGUGGUGUCUAACCAAGACUGAAUUUAGGCUAAAUUAGAACUUCCCAGAAACAUAUUCAACACAUUUAUAAAGGAUGUGUGAUGUUCUGAUGACUGAUAUUACUGCCAUUAAAGGCAGUUAUUGUCCUUGCAGGGAAAAUUACUGAUCCAUUUGUAAGCUCAACACAUAAUUAUCAUCUGAACAGUAGGACCAAUUUCUAAACUUGUGUUGAGAACAUGUCCAAAUUAUAAAAAGGAAAAACUUGAGUGAUGUUUCUAAAAUCUUUACGCUUUUAAUACCAUCUAGUUACAGAAAGUAUUUUGGUAGUACAACAACCUGGGUAAAUGGUAAAUAAAUGUAAAAAUAUGAAAGAAAUCAUGAAAGGUGAUAUUAGUACUUCACACGUGAGGAUGAGUGCAGGUAACUUUUUGAGUGUGAGCCGCAGAUACAAACCUGACCACGAUAUAAUUUCAGAAGUGAUGGAAAUGCAACAGGAAACAUGGCCUGGGAAUUUCACUACGAUUCAUAAUUUAUUGCAGUUUGCCUGUGAUAUAUUACCAAGGCAUCACCUUCUCAGCCGAAUCUCUUUACUUGAAUCUUAAAAAGAAUGUGUUUAAGAAGCUCUCACACCUGCCGACCAUGUGUUUGAAACCAAAUGGAUGCAGCACAGUUGCUCCAGGAAAAGUACUCUCUUAUCUUCUUCUAGGAGCGACAGUAUUUAACAUUUCUUCGGAAUAUUAAGAAUGGUCACAUGCUGUAUGUCAGCAGUUAUCCAAGAUGAACUGAGGAUUUGUUUUAUUCAAAAUAUUCAAGCAAAACAUUGUCUGACAUUUCUCUGUGCCAUGAUUGUUCUCUGUAAUGCUGUGUCACCUGUUACGUUGUCAGCACCUAUAAUUCUAAACUAACCCAAAUGUGAUGUUAGUAAUGCUAAAUUUUUAUUUAUUUUUUUAUAUUUUGUUACUUCAGAUGUAUGUUUCGUAUGGCAUAUAUAUUCACUUUAUUGUAAAUAUGCUUUUAAUUUAAGAGCCACAUGAUAUUGUAAUCUUAUAAACCAUCAUCCUAAUUUUUUGAUUAAAUUUCUGAAAUUACAGAAAUGAAGGUUAUUUAUACAGGUAAUUGAAUCCCAUUAGCCUUAUUAUAUAUAACAUAUUUGCCGCGAAACAAAGUUUUUAAUCAUUUAGGCAUAUUAACAACAACAAAGUGAAAUAUAUAAAUGUAAAUACUGUAAGAUAGAGAGGAAUGGAUGUCCCAGGUUUAAUGAGACUUGUUUUGUUUGGGUCUACAGACACCAAGGUGCAGGGAUGGGUGAUGGAGGGGGGACAUAAUUUGGCAUUUUUGAGGUUUGGUUACAAAUAGAAAAGCUGUUUUACAUUCUGCAAAAGGAGUCUAGUAGAUGGGCAUUGGGACUACAGAGGUCACAUCAAUAAAGGUAUUUUUAUUUUAUUUUAUUUUGUAUGUGGUUAGGUGACUGAAUUGCUCAUCACCUAACAAUCCUGGGGCAUCCAUGCUCCUCAAUUAUAUUAUACAUAUCGCAUAAACUAUACCAUACAGGAUGGCUCAAAAGUAGAGUAGCAGUUAAACAGUUGUUUCAUGAAUAUCUUUAUUAAAGAGUUAAACCAUGCACACAAUAAAAUUGAAAUAAAAAAUUUCUACUAUAACAGUGUUUUAUAAAUUUUAAAAGUAGGAAAUUAAAUGUUAAACAUAAGCGUGAGAUCGUGAACAUUACAAUCUUGAUACAAAUGUUGUGCACUUACAGUGAUAUUACUGUAAACUUACUUUUGAGCUACCCUACGUUAUAAUACAUCUUUUAAUUGUAAACAGGGUCAAAAAUGUUAACCUCGUGUUUUUGCGAUGGGCUUGAAAUUAAAAUUGAACGCUCAGUUUAACUGGGGUAAAAUAUUCCACGUAAUAAAAACAACUCCUUUCUUUUAGGUAGUAUUAAUAGCACUAUGUGGCAAGUAAUCAUUCGAUUCAGAUGUAUAUUUCUCCACACUUUGGGAAAGUGUGGUAGUUUUACAGGUUUAACGUUCAGUAAACUGCCUGUUUUAUGUUUUUCUUGAAAUGACAGGUAAAAGUAUGCAUUGAAAAAUACACUAUUAAGUAAGAAUAGACUUGUAGCUAACUUCCAACACCAAUCCACUAUGUCAUCUUAUAAUUAUGUUUCAAUGAAUGCAUGAAUAUGUUAAAAAAAAAAAAGUUAAUUUGGUAUCCUUAAAAUAGUGCCUUAUGAAUAUUUGAAUUUAAAUGGCUACAUAUAUUUUUCACAGGUACCUGCUUGUGAGAGACACCAAAUUGUAACAUCAUUUUUUUUUGUAUUUAAAUGUUUUUGUGCUUUUGAUGUUUACAAUAUCUGUAGCCAUAAUUUUAUCACAUGUAUGUUUUGAGUGAAUGUUUCAGCAUUAAUUAGGGUCACAUGGUGUGUAAAUUAGGUAUAAAGUUUAAUUGAUAGCUAAAAAACCAUGUUGACGAUGGAUGUUAAUUUGCUUUUUUGGUGAGCAAUUAUAAUGUUGUAGUUGUUAAUUCACUACUCAAAAAACGUAUUGACUGAGUUUUAACUUGGUAUAAAAAGUAUUAACUGAUUGCUCUAAACUAUUACAUGUUAUGCAGAAUUUUUACUACCUCUUUAAACUUCUCUGGUUUUGCUGGAGAGAAACUCCAGAAGCUUUGCUAGCAACAUUUAAGCAAUGGACGUGUCUAACUGAAGCAGUUUCAGUGCUACAUUAAGGAAAUUAAGUCGAAUGCACAUGUGAAGAUCAGCCAUUUCCAGUAUUUUUGUGAAAAUGUUUCUCAUGUUUUGUUUUGAAAUUUAUUUCACCUGUUUUUCUGAACCAAUACUAGGUGUAAAAAGCUAUUUUUUGCACAUGACAACCAAUAAUUAUUUGUAUUACAACAAAUCUUCCUUGAUUGUUUGAAUUACUGUAAUGGCGUAGCUGCAUUUACGUCCAUCAUUAUUUGAACGUUUUAAAUGGGUUUUGAUAAUUGUAAAUAAAUGUUUAGCAGGACUAUUUAAAAAGCUGCUAUACCACACUCUAUACAUCAAAGUUCGAGAAACAGCUUUCAGAGGGUCAGGAAGGGUAUUGACUUCCACAUCGUUCAUUUAAUUAGCUCUUCUGCUAUACUAAUCUAGGUCCCUCUGAGACUGAAUGGAGGAAUUCUAGAAAUAGUUACUGACCCCAGAAUGAUCCUCAUCCAUGAUUCUUUCGUCAAAUGUUAUCUCUCUUAUUCAAAGCCACAGAGAACUGAUUAAUAUGCAAGAUCAUCUUCAGGGUUGGACAACAGUUAGUCUCAUCUCUUUUAGAAAAUGCUCGUAAGAAAGAUUACCUUCUAUUUUUGAUAAGACAUAAAGUUUAGGUCACGCGAGCCUUUAGACAUGUCGAAGUUGCUGAAGUUCUAGGCAAAAGCAGUUCUAUGUAAAAAAAUUCUUUUGCCAUUAAUACAUGGGGCAUUCUGACGGAUAGCUGGAACAUUCCAGAUGUUCAAUAAACCACAGCAGAAUUAA